AUGCUGGAGGAACAGCUCUAUCAUGCAGCUCAGUCUCAAACUCAGGGUCAUAGCAGAGUCACAAAGGGUGUGAGGCGAGUUACAAAAGUCAAGCAGAUGGUGAAGCAGAGAACACAGGAAAAGGAUACUGUAUCUGGCCCUUUGCUCAACAAUAUGCUAGAUAACAACAUUGCAUCAAGCAGGUCCACUGAGGCUGGACCAAGCCAUGCUAUGAGGUCUGAUGGCGACAUUGUGAUCACGAUGGCCCAGAUAUCGGAUGCAUGGAGGAUAUACAUCUCAGUGAUGUCGACAACAAUGCAGACAACUCAUCUGAGGCAUUCUCGGUCCCAUUUACUUCCUCUCUUCAACUCUAUCAACAGUGCUGAAUAUACUGGUAUCAAGGACAGUGAUGUCAAGCUUUCUCAUAUCCAUACCUCAAUGGUGUUCAUCCAGCAAAUCAAGGAUGCAAUACUAGAAAACAGCACACUUUCUUCUGAUGCCAUUGAGCACCUGAGGAACUCAUCUGAGGAGGUUGCACAGGCUGACCAUGAUCUCCUACUUGGCUUUGAGCUCUUUCUCUCUCAUUCCAAUGCAUCUGAAGACUCAUAUACCAGAUCUUGCAGUGCUAUCAAGUGA